UCGCUAGUAUAGAUCAUAACACCCACGUUUGUGAAAAAUCGAUCCAACGAAAGAUGCCGUUACGUCACAUGACACAAAAAUGUCAUCAGUCGGAUCGAAAUAGUUAUCGUCUCGUUAUUUCGCUGUGACGGAAUAAAUGUUGUGCGUCCGAAACGCAUCGGCUACACGCAUGUUACACGAAUGAAAUCGAGGAGGAGAAAUGAUACAGGCGAAUGUUGGUCUGAGUUUCCUCGAGAUUAUCACCCCGCCUAACCUUAAAUUUCAUUGAUCUUUCGGCGGCAAUCUUGAAAUAUUUUAAUGUCUUCUGUGCUAAUCGCAGUCUGAAAAAUGCCACCGAACGUUCUGAAGAGCAGCUUAGAAAAUGCUUCUUUCAACAUUGUAUUUCAGAUAUUCUGUCGCUGUGUCACAUUUGUCUUGAAUGCAUUUGUUGUCCGGCAUGUGGGCCAAGCAAUCUUAGGUGUCAUUAAUGUGAGAUUAUUGCUGUUGGAAUCUAUGAUUUUAUUUUUAUCAAGAGAGCCAUUUAUGAAAGCAUGUCUAACUAACACUGCAGAGCAUAAUUGGGCUCAAGUUGUAAAUCUUCUCUGGCUAACAGUGCCUAUAUGUGUUGUAAUGUCUUUUCUAUUUGGAUACAUCUGGUUGUUCUUGUUAUCCACCACAGAAGCAUUACCACCAUACUACACAUUUGCAGUUUGGACGGUUGGACUGUCGUGUAUCAUAGAAUUAUCUUCCUUAAUCGCUCAAUUAGUUGCAAGCGCAUUUCUAUUUGUUAGACUUAAAGUAAUUCUAGACACGAUCAUGAUUGCUAUUCGCACUUUGACAUUUGUACCCCUAAUCCUGUAUUAUCCGGAGAAUGCAUUGCUUGCGUUCAGCAUAGCUCAACUCGUCGCAGCGGUAUUUUAUACAACUAGUCACUACGUGUACUUCCACUAUUACAUCAAUAAGUUGAACAAGUGCACACCGAAGCGCAGAAUGUCUCUGAAGGGCAGCAGCGACGAGUACGUGGAAAGAGAAUUUCCUUUUCGAUCUGUGAAGGAUUUUCUACCCGGCCAAUUGGAAAAUAAUGAUCCGUAUCUCGAUAGAAAGCUGACCGUUCUCACGUGGAGCUUCUUUAGGCAAGGAAUAUUGAAGCAAAUUUUGACAGAAGGCGAAAGAUUAAUUAUGACCAUUAUGCCAGUGUUGACAUUCACAGAACAGGGUAUUUAUGAGGUUGUCAACAACCUGGGUUCGCUUGCUGCUAGAUUUAUCUUUCGUCCAAUCGAAGAUAGCGGAUAUUUCUACUUUACGCAGAUGGUGAAAAGAGACAAAGCGUUAAUCGAUCAGGAUCCGAUGAAGGUACAGGAGAGCGUAAACGUGCUAACGCACUUGUGUUCCGUCGUCAUGUCUAUCGGUCUGAUUGUUUUAGUAUUCGGUCAAUCGUACUCGAGCACGUUGCUGUGGUUGUACGGCGGCUCAAAGUUGACCUUACCGUUACCCGUCCUUCUGCUGAGAGCGCAUUGUCUUGCUGUGUUAUUGUUAGGCAUCAAUGGUGUGACCGAGUGCUACACCAACGCAACAGCCGAUAGCACAACGAUAAACAAGAGCAAUCUGAUUAUGGUCUACGAGUCUAUCGCGUUUUUGGGCGCGUCGUAUCUGUUUGCCACCUGGUUCGGCCCGGUUGGCUUUAUCCUGGGCAAUUGCGUGAACAUGACCCUAAGAAUCAUUCACUCAUCAUUGUUUAUCAACAAAAGGCAUCGAGACACGAUUUAUCGGCCGCUGGACGGAUUGAUUCCGAAGCCGGUCUUUUCCGCAUCUCUGAUCAUCGCAGCGUUCAUCACCACCUUGUCACAUGCUUCCUUAUUUCCGGAUAAAAAAGGAUUGCAUCUACUGAUCGGUGUAAUUAUGUUUGUAAUUGUACUUGGGUCGUGGAAAUACGAGAAUAAUGAAUUGAUCAGGCUCGCCACGAACAAGUGGCACGAGAGAAAAAGAAAACAGAGGAAGAGUGAUUGACCUUAAAUGUGUUUAUGUUGUUAU